AUGUACAUCACCCUCUACUACAUAGUCACCCGACUCCCUGACUCCCUUCGCGUAGUCAGGGACCACUUCCUCGCAGUGUGCCCCACCACUCUCAUCAUUGACCUCCUCGAGAAGGCCCUCCUAGCGGUGGAAAAGAGCAUAGUUGCUGUAGGAGCCUCUCGUGGUGACCCCCGCACCCCUGUCUUUGAGGGGUGUUCUCCCUCCCCCCUCUUGCCCUCUGUUGCUUCUGCUGCUGCGGCCGACCUCGUUGGUUUUGAGUCGGUCGGUGCUGCGUCUGCCCCUUCGGGGAAGCGCCGCACAGGCAAGGGCAAGGGGGGCAAGGGCGCUGGAGGAGCUGGCGGGGGCGGUGGAGGUGGCAGUGGAGGCGGCGGAGGGAGUGGGGGUGGUGGUGGGAGUGGUGGAGGAGGUGUGGGUACCGGUGGCAGCAGUGGAGGCGGAGGCGGCGGCAGUGGCGGAGGGAGCGGAGGCGACGGUGGUAGCGGAGGCGGCGGUGGUGGCGGAGGCGGCGAAGGCGGCGGAGGUGGCGGUGGAGCUGGUCGCAGGUCUACGCAGAGGAGUGGCGCCGGUGGUGGUCCGCACCACCAGCAGCAGCGCGGUCGUGAGACCCUGUCCCCUCAGCAGCUCCGUGAGUGGUACAUUGCACGCCAGCGGGGUGGGGGUUUUGGUCCGUGCACCUACCUCCUGCGCACCGGCGACCGUGCGGGUGAGCAGUGUGGGGGUGCGCACCCCACCCACCGCUACUUUGGCCUCCUGACGGACGCGUGGCGUCACCAGUUCCCUGAGGCCACAGAGAUCCCUCGCUGGGGCGAGCUGUCUAGGGCGGGAGUUGCCAUCUAUGAUCUUGAUUUUGAUGCCAUUCUUUCUGCCAUGUAUGUUGUGACUAUUAGUGAUGAGGGUGACUCUUACCGGUGUUUCCUGCCCGAUCCGGGCAUUGAGACUGCUGCUCUAGGUACUGGUGAGGCUGCUGCCCUAGGGGCUUCUCGCUCCUUCUUUCGGGACCGCACCACACUCACGCCGCUUAGUCGGCCAGUUGCGGUGUCUCUGGCUGACCCCUCUGGGGGUCCUGUCCUGUCUCACUUCUCCACAGUCCUCCUGUGUCCGGCGGCUCCCUCUGGCACCCUGUCUGGUCUCUACCUCCCCUCGUUCUCUACGAACUUGGUGAGUGGUGCUGACCUACAGGAUGGGGGAGUGCACCAGUUCACUCUUGCGCGUCAGCGAGUGACGCACUGCACAGAGGCUCGGACAGGCCGACACUUGGCUACGUUUAUACGUCUGCCCGGGUCGAGCCUGUACACACUGACCACUGCGUCUCCUCGAGUUGCUGAGUCUGGUAGGGUAGCUGCGUCGGGUCAGGUGUUUGCUGCAGCGUCCAGGUCUGGUCCUGAGUCUGCCCCCUGUUCGUGUCGUCUCCUAUCUCACGAGACUCUGCUCUGA